CGGAAGUGUAGCGGAAGUUCGGUAAACACCGGUCCUAAACAGUUCUCCCGUGCUAGUGAGAAGAAUAGGGGGCGAAAAUGUCGGAGCGAAAAGUUUUAAAUAAGUAUUAUCCCCCCGACUUUGACCCGUCAAAGAUCCCGAAGCUCAAGCUCCCCAAAGAUCGGCAGUACGUGGUGCGGUUGAUGGCCCCCUUCAAUAUGAGGUGUAAGACGUGCGGAGAAUACAUCUACAAGGGUAAGAAGUUCAACGCGCGCAAGGAGACGGUGCAGAACGAGGUCUACCUGGGCCUGCCCAUCUUCCGUUUCUACAUUAAGUGCACGCGCUGCCUGGCAGAGAUCACCUUCAAGACAGACCCCGAAAACACCGACUACACGAUGGAGCACGGGGCCACGCGCAACUUCCAGGCCGAGAAGCUCCUGGAGGAGGAGGAGAAGCGAGUGCAGAAGGAGCGGGAGGACGAGGAGCUGAACAAUCCCAUGAAGGUGCUGGAGAACCGAACCAAGGACUCCAAGCUGGAGAUGGAGGUGCUGGAGAAUCUGCAGGAGCUCAAGGACCUGAACCAGCGGCAGGCCCACGUGGACUUUGAGGCCAUGCUGCGGCAGCACCGCCUGUCCGAGGAGGAGCGACUGAAGCAGGAGCAGGAGGAGGACGAGAGGGAGACGGCAGCCUUGGUGGAAGAAGCCAGGAAACGAAGACUGCUGGAGGACUCCGAUUCAGAAGAGGAUGCUGCUCCUGCCCCGCCCCAGCCGGCCGUCCUGCCCAACCCCAGCCCCAACCCCACAGCAAUCCUGGACGAAGGCCCGAAGGCGAAGAGGAAGAUGGAGAGCUGGGAGCGGAGUGUGGGCACCCUUGGCAGCAAGCCCCAGCUCUCAGGCCUCGUGGUGGUGAAGAAAACAGGCCUGGAUCGCAGCACCCCACAGGGCCAGCCGGCACCCACACUGGGCACUAUGAAGAACGGGAAAGCCGCAGACCCUGCACCCAGGACGCCCGGCACCUCCUCUCUGAGCCAGCUGGGUGCGUAUUCGGAUAGUGAGGACAGCAGCAGCAGCAGCAACUGAGGCCCUUUUCCAGGACAAGGGUCAUAUGUCCAACUCCAGCCCAUGUUUGGGGCAGGAGGCCUUGUCAUCAACCAGAGCACAACUGGACAAAAAUUAAUGUCUUGGAGACGGGUGGGACCAGCCAGGGUUUCAGCUGAGGGACUCAGUUUCUCUCUGUCCCCCCAACCACCAGCCCUUCCUUCCGACCUCUAGGGCCAAAGCUCAUGCUAUUUCCCACCUGGUACCAAGUUUAAGACUGUGACAUCUCUGGAGGAAUGCAUGGUCUCUUGGACAGUCCUUGAGAUGUUAGCCAUGUUUUGGGCAUGUGAGGGAACCCACCCACCCUUGUUGGCUCCGUCCCUUCCCACUACAAAAUUGUCUGGAACCAAUAAAAGGAACACACGCAGAAAGACGUUAUUUUGGGACUAUUGCUGCCAUUGGACAUAAUUCAAAUCAAUUCCUAUUUGAGGUCACAUUAAAAUCCUAGAAUAGUGAAUUAUGUAUAUACAGUAACCACAAGUGGAAGACAUCCUGGCUGUUUUUAAUUCACAACUGGUAGAAAUUCAUUUUUCAGAGGAUGGACUCAGAACUCCAGUCCAAGCUGCUGAAAAAACUUUUAUGCUGACUGCCUACCCAGCUUGAACACUGGGAUACUGUGGGAGGGGCAGGAAGCCACCCACCCCCAUGGACUCUGCUAGCAGAUUUAUUGCAAGGAUCCUUUUUUGGACUUUUUAAUAUACCAAAUAAGACUCUGCUUUAAUAAAGUUUUGUUAAGUGAGUGUAAA